ACUCUACUGUGAACAGGAAUCAGCGUUUUGAUUGGCUCGGGUAAAAGUCUCAACUACCUCCCACAUUCGGUUUCUCUCUUGCUCCCUUUCACUGGAGAAAGAAAGAUCAUGGAUACAGCUGGGAAAGUCAUCAAAUGCAAGGCUGCAGUGGCCUGGGAGGCUGGGAAGCCUCUGUCCAUUGAGGAGGUGGAGGUGGCCCCACCCAAAGCCCACGAAGUCCGAGUGAAGAUCCAUUCCACUGCGGUGUGCCACACUGAUGCCUACACCCUGAGUGGAGCGGACCCUGAGGGCCUCUUCCCCGUCAUCCUGGGCCACGAGGGUGCCGGCACGGUGGAGAGCGUCGGAGAGGGUGUCACCAAGUUCAAACCAGGGGAUGUGGUCAUUCCUCUGUACGUGCCUCAGUGUGGAGAGUGCAAAUUCUGUAAAAAUCCCAAGACUAACCUGUGUCAGAAGAUCAGAAUCACCCAGGGCCAGGGGCUGAUGCCAGAUAAGACCUCCCGCUUCACCUGCAAGGGAAAGCAGUUGUUCCACUUCAUGGGGACCAGCACUUUCUCUGAGUACACAGUGGUGGCGGAUAUCUCUCUGGCCAAGGUGGAUGAGAAAGCGCCGAUGGAUAAAGUGUGCCUGCUGGGCUGUGGCAUCUCCACUGGGUAUGGCGCUGUGCUGAAUACUGCCAAGGUGGAGGCAGGUUCCACCUGUGCCAUCUUCGGACUGGGAGCCGUGGGACUGGCUGUGGUCAUGGGCUGCAAGUCAGUCGGAGCCACCAGGAUCAUCGGUGUUGACAUCAACCCUGAGAAGUUCGAGGUGGCCAAGCAGUUUGGGGUGACUGAGUGUGUGAACCCCAAAGAUCACAGCAAACCCAUCCAGGAAGUGCUGGUUGAGAUGACUGACGGAGGAGUGGACUACUCUUUUGAGUGCAUCGGGAAUGUUGGGAUCAUGAGGUCAGCCUUGGAGGCCUGUCACAAGGGCUGGGGCACGAGCGUCAUCAUCGGAGUGGCAGGAGCUGGGCAGGAGAUCGCCACCAGACCUUUCCAGUUGGUCACUGGGCGCACCUGGAAGGGAACCGCCUUCGGAGGAUGGAAGAGUGUGGAGAGUGUGCCCAAGCUGGUGAAUGAGUACAUGAGCAAGAAGCUGAAGGUGGAUGAGUUUAUCACCCACACGCUACCCUUCCCCCAGAUCAACGAGGCCUUUGAUCUCAUGCACCAAGGAAAGAGCCUCCGUGCAGUCCUGAACCUCUGAGGAGCCAGUGGACAGGAAGUGGUCUCAUCACAUGGCACUUACCCAGUGUGCACUUAAGAUGUUGUCCUUCUGGCGACCAUCAUGGCUUUUUUUGUUUGUUUGUUUGUUUGUUUGUUUGUUUGUUUGUUUAAUGUUUACAUCAAGGCACACCUGUUACAAUCACAACUGAUUAAAUUUGACUAAAAAAUGCAAA